UUUAACUUACAGACGCCGGGGCGACGACUCGCUGCAAGCUGCAGCGACAAUUUCAUCAGCGGCUCCUGUCAGUCAGGGGAGGAGUCGUGCACACACUGAGCCCUCCCUUGUGCAAACUGUUUGUGUGAUAAAUGAAGGAAUAACUGGCCCAAGGAGAUGAGCGGAACUGACUAGAAGACGUUACACAGGACGACAUACACUGGGACUUCACGAGGUUAAGCAAAUACCACAGUUGGAUGUCUUUGAUGCAGCAAAGGCUUCUAAACUGACCAUGCUGCUGCAGAGGCUGGCCCUCUCAAGGACCGCGCUGGACUCCCAGAGACACGCAUGCCGCUUGCUCACCAGACCACUGACACGAGCUCCCCAGGACAGGGCCCAUGGCAGCUCCUUUGCCCACCGCGGCGAACUGCGUCAGGCUAAGAGGAUCGUGGUGAAGCUUGGCAGUGCUGUGGUAACUCGUGGCGAUGAAUGUGGCCUGGCUCUGGGGAGGCUGGCCUCCAUUGUGGAACAGGUGGCCAUGCUGCAGAAUCAAGGCAGGGAGAUGAUGAUUGUCACCAGCGGAGCAGUGGCCUUUGGCAAGCAAAGAUUAAGACAUGAGAUCCUGCUGUCCCAGAGUGUCCGACAGGCGCUGCACUCCGGACACAGUCAGCUCAAAGACAUGUCCUUACCGCUGCUGGAGGCCCGGGCCUGUGCUGCAGCUGGACAGAGUGGCCUGAUGGCGCUUUACGAGGCCAUGUUCACCCAAUAUAGCACUUGCACCGCACAGGUCCUGGUAACAAAUCUGGAUUUCCACGAUGACCAAAAGAGGCAGAACCUGAACAGCACACUGCAGGAGCUGCUGCGCAUGAACAUCGUGCCCAUCAUCAACACCAACGAUGCUGUGGUGCCCCCGCCGGAGCCCAACAGCGACCUGCAGGGGGUAAAUGUGAUCAGCAUUAAGGACAAUGACAGUCUGGCGGCGAGGCUAGCUGUCGAGAUGAAGGCUGACCUGCUCAUCGCGCUUUCUGACGUGGAAGGACUGUACAACAGCCCCCCUGGAACAGAUGACGCCAAGCUCAUUGACAUCUUUUACCCUGGAGACCAGCAGUCCAUCACCUACGGUACAAAGUCCAGAGUUGGGAUUGGAGGCAUGGAGGCCAAAGUUAAGGCUGCGCUGUGGGCGCUGCAAGGUGGCACUUCAGUGGUCAUCGCAAACGGAACCCACCCCAAAGUAACAGGUCAUGUCAUCACUGACAUUGUGGAGGGGAAAAAGGUGGGAACUUUCUUCUCGGAGAUCAAACCUGCAGGCCCAACUGUGGAGCAGCAGACAGAAUUGGCUCGUAACUCUGGAAGAACCCUGGCAUCUCUUCACCCAGACCAGAGGAGUGAGAUCAUCUGCCAUUUAGCAGAGCUGUUGACUGAAAGGAAGGAAGAGAUUCUGGCUGCCAACAAGAUGGACAUGGACCUGGCUGUUAAUGCAGGCCAUUUGCCACCAGCCAUGCUUAAGCGUCUGAGUCUGUCACCGGCCAAACUAAACAGCUUGGCCAUAGGUCUGCGCCAGAUAGCUGUGGCAGCCCAGGACAGCGUGGGUCGCGUGCUGCGCAGGACCAGGGUGGCUCACAACCUGGAGCUGGAGCAGAUCACUGUGCCCAUCGGAGUUCUUCUGGUCAUCUUUGAGGCCAGACCUGACUGCUUGCCACAGGUGUCAGCAUUGGCCAUAGCCAGUGGUAAUGCCCUCCUUCUGAAGGGUGGCAAGGAGGCAGCCAACACAAACCAUGUUCUCCACCAGCUCACCCAGGGGGCCCUUUCCAUGCACGGAGUCAGAGAGGCUGUACAACUGGUGAGCACUCGGGAGGAGGUGGAGGAUCUAUGCCGACUGGACAAGAUGAUCGACUUGAUUAUCCCUCGAGGCUCAUCCCAGCUUGUGAGGGACAUUCAGCGAGCCGCCAAGGGCAUCCCGGUGCUCGGUCACAGCGAGGGGAUCUGUCACGUCUACGUCGAUACAGACGCCAGCGUCGACAAAGUUAUCAAGAUUGUCAGAGACUCAAAGUGUGACUACCCGGCUGCAUGUAAUGCUAUGGAGACUCUGCUGAUUCACAGAGACAUCCUGAGGACCCCACUUUUUGAUCAGAUCAUUGACAUGCUGCGCACUGAACGGGUGAAGAUUCAUGCAGGCCCUCGAUUUGCCUCCUACCUGACAUUCAGCCCAUCAGAGGCCAAGUCCUUGCGGACAGAGUACGGUGACCUGGAGUGCUGUAUGGAGGUUGUGGACAGCAUGCAAGAGGCUGUGGACCAUAUCCACAAGUAUGGCAGCUCCCACACAGAUGUAAUCAUCACAGAAAAUGAGGACACAGCGGAGCAGUUCCUGCAGCAGCUGGACAGUGCCUGUGUUUUCUGGAACGCCAGCUCACGUUUCGCUGAUGGCUACCGCUUUGGACUGGGAGCAGAGGUUGGUAUUAGCACGUCACGUAUCCAUGCCCGAGGCCCUGUGGGCCUGGACGGGCUGCUCACCACCAAGUGGGUCCUGAGAGGUGACGGGCACACAGCAGCUGACUUCUCUGAGCAUGGCACCAUGAAGUACCUCCAUGAAAACCUGCCUGUUGGGCAGGCUUUAGCUGGACACAGAGACAGCAACUAGACCAGAGACUGUCACAACACCCUCUUGGCCUUAACGUUGGACAAAAUGGUUUGCAUUGAUCACCAGCAGUUCCCCAGCCAUUCAUCUGGGACAGAUAAUGGCUAAUGUCCCCACCAAUGGUCCAGUUUAUCAGCACAACCAGCAAGUUGUUCCUGUUCAGAUUAUACUGUUGUUCAUUGACACUAAGAGUUUACAUUUUUUCUUUUUUUUUUUUUUUCUUUUUAAAUACUACCUCAGUUUAUGAUAUGACAUUACAUGAGUUAGGGAAGUCACCCUAAUAGGCUCCUGCAGGAGGUAUUACGUGGUGAUCAUAAUACACUCCAAAAUAAUACAUUCAUUGGGAAUUAACUAAGAUUACUUUCUUUAAGAGAAAAUAAACACAAUUGUUGUCAUACAUGUAUCAAAGAAAACUGAAGUGCUUGGUUAUUUAUUUCUUUUUUUCAACCAUAAAAUGUUCAUCAGAGAGGAGGACUACAAAAUAUUCUUUAUUGUCUCAACCAAAAUGUACUUACUUUUUAUCAAUUUUAUUUGAUAAAGCUACCAAACGCUUAAUGUAUCUGUGGUCAAGGGUCAGCAUAGUUAAUGAUUCUCCCUAGCCACUAAAAACACAGUAUUUUGAGGAUGGGCAUAAUGUAUCUUUAUCUAACAUAUUUUUAAUUUAAUAUCAUAGAACCUAGUCCGUACU